AGAAGUAGAGAGACAGAGACACACGGAGAGGGAGAGCGAGAAUGAGAGGGGGGCUCAGAGCUCUGAUAUUAUCCUUAGUUUCGGAGACCCAGACUGAAAGCAAGUCCCCAGCGGGGCUCAUAACAGAGACUAACUUUGACUACAGCAGAAGAGAGCGGGCGCUCCGCGAUCAGCACCUCGGACAGCGCCGCGGCUCCGCCGGAGGAGAGACGCGGGUCCCGGCCAGCAGCGGAGCUCUGCCCGGUCCAGGGAUGCGGUUCCUCGGCAUCGCUCCUCAGCGCGCCGCAAUGGGCUUUAGCCUAUCCAUUGCAUAAUAACAGCAGAGCAUGCCCUUGACAAAUGUCCACACUGAGUUGUGUCCAUUAUGACUGCUGAGGGAGUAGGGGAAGACUUUGUGGCCAAACUAGACUGAGCCUUUCUUUGAAAAAAAAAAAAAAAAAAUAGUUUAAAGUGUCUCUACCAACACAUAAGACUUAUUCGCACUACCAUGGGGAUAAGCCACCUUCUGUUGCUGCUUAUAUACUUGGACCCGCUGUGUGUGCUGGGCGCCCCCAACAGUGGGAAGAAACCCAAGCAGGCUGCGCGGAAGAAUCCCAAAGCCAAUGCGGUGACGACGGCCGCCCCGCAGCCCAGCACGCAGCCGUCCUUCACCCACGACACCUGCCUGGGCUACUACGACGUGAGCGGCCAGUACGACACCAUGUUCGAGUGCAACAACACGGACCACCGCUUCUGCUGCGGCUCGUGUUACCUGCGCUUCUGCUGCGAGUACAAGAAAGACCGGCUGGAGCAGAAAUCCUGCAGGAACUACCAGACGCCCGACUGGGUGCAGACGGCCUCGCCGUCGCCCAUCCCGACCGGUGACACGUACGAUCCCAGCAUGGAUCAGACCAACACCGCCGUCUACAUCACCUGUGGGAUCAUAGCCUUCAUCAUAGUGCUGGGAGUGUCGGUCAAAGUUGCGUAUGAUAAAGCCACAGAACCGCCUCAGGAAAUGAAUAUACACAGGGCCCUUGCAGACAUUCUGAGGCAGCAGGGGCCCAUCCCCAUUUCGCAAUAUGACUGUGAAAAUUUCGCAGCUAUGAACGGCUCGCCCAAAGACAACACACCAGUCAGAACCUCAUCCAAGAACCACUACACCCCUGUUCACGCCUCCAAAUCCAACCACGGUCUCCACUACGGGAAAGAGAGCAUCCGGAGCAGCGGCGGCGGCGACCUUCACAACUUCAUCUCCUCCGGCUUCGUGACGCUGGGCCGAGGCCAUCAGAAAGGAGAAAAACAUUGGCCGGUCCGCUCCCAGAGUCACCAUGGUACCCAUCAGCACAGCUAUAACCACGUGGCUUUAGGUAGUCCUACACGCACGCCUAAGAAUGCUCACCGGUCGUUGAGACGCGAAAACAAUCGGAUAAGCGGCAUCCUGACGUCGCAGACGGAGCCCUACGACCUGUCUUUCUCGCGCUCCUUCCAGAGCCUGUCACACCUGCCGCCCUCCUACGAGGCGGUCGUCAAAGCCGACAUCAGCCGGUUCUCAUCCCUGAAGAAACUCACAGAUAAAGAAGGCGAUGACCAUUACAGUCGUAAGCGCCACCUGCCCGACCUGGCGGCACGAAGCACUCUUCCCAUGCAUGUUCUGAAAAUCACUCAAGAGCAGCACCGGGAAAAGCAGCUGCAGCUCCAGAGCCAGCCCCCCCAGUCCUCCAUCUCCCAGGGCCCCUCGCAGUCCUCGCAGCGGGACUCCCAGCAGAGGCAGAGGCCCCGGCGCGUCCAGAGGGCCAUGUCCCAGGACCGAGUCCUGUCCCCUCAGAGCGCCCCCCACCCGGACUACAGCAUGUCCUCCAAUGACAUGUCCCCGUACGGAGGCAGGAUCCUCUCCGACGAACAGCUGCUGUCGGCCGAGCGCCUCCGCUCCCAGGAGCGCCUCCUGCCGCAGGACCGCCACACCUCCCAGGACCGCCUGUACUCCAAGGACCGGAUGUACUCCAAGGACCGGCUCCUGUCGCAGGACCACCUGUACUCUAAAGACCGCCAUUAUUCCCAAGAGCGCCUCUAUUCACAAGACCGCCUGUACUCACAGGACCGCCUCCUGUCCCAGGAUCCUCUGCUUUCGCCGGACAAGCUGGUGAUGUCGCUGAAGCGCGGCAUGGUCAGCAGCUACUCCGGCGGCUUCCGCGGCAGCGACAAGUCCAUGUCGCGCGCCAUCUCACACACGGACGUGUUCAUACCCACCACUCCCAUCAUGGAUCGCUACAAGAUGACCAAAAUGCACUCCCACCCCAGCGCCUCCAACAACGGCAGCGGCGGCGGAGGAGGAGGCAGCGGGGUGCCCGGGACGGUAGCGGCCGCCGUGCACUCCAACACGUUAGCCAUGAACCACACGGUGAAUAAGAGGCAGGCGUUCGCCUCCAGACGGACUCACACCGUGGAGCAGCUCCACUACGUCCCGCCGCACCACCAGCAGCCGCCGCCGCCGCAGCCGCAGCACUACCGCACAGGCAGCAAGACCGAGGUGACUGUGUAGCGCCAGCCGGGGCUGCUGAACUGCAGCGGAGGAGCACCAGGGUGCACCAGGGUGGGCUUGAGUGCGGUGGCUGGGUACGCUGUCCAUCCGUCAGAGUAGAUAGCGGCGGUUCCAUUUCCUCUUUGACUGAAACUCCGGCGAACUUUCCCGGACAGUUCAUCCGCUAGCUUACCGUGAGACCGGAACAACGAGCAACACUGUACAACCGCAUACACAGACCCAGCGACACCCGCAGCCAGAGGAGGUGGUGGAGGGUAUUAUCCAGCUAACUUGCCUAAUAUUGUUUCCAUUGUCUUGGUAAUUUUAUCCGUCCACAGCCUGGUUCCGUGUCCGUUCUAGUGGGAAACACCGAUAGUGUCCGUUUAAGCCUUUAUUAGCCCCCGUUUCCGUCCCACAGAUCCGUCCUGGGACGUUUGUGGCGAAUCUCAAAGGGCUUUGCAUGGUUACACACAAGAACUGACUCUGUGACUUCUACCGCAGGUGAUGACCUCAAGUGAGCCUGUAAUAAACUUUAUAAAUAUAUAAAUGACAGAAAUAAAGAUUUAAAAAAAUACAAAUGGAAAAACCAAAAAAAAAAACAAGCGGCUCUGUGUACGCCCGUCCUCCUCAUAGCUGUAGUGAUCUCGGUGGGAGAAGCUGACGUGGAUGUUAUCAGCACCUGUAUUUGUGCCUCUGGCAGGUGUGUCCCCAUUUCUCAAUACGAAGUGGUUCUGUGGGUUACAAAGCACAAUCGAUACAAAAUAUUCUGUUCUGGUUUUAUCAUUGAGUUUGAAUAGUGAUGGCUAGCUUGGUUUUGUUCUGAAAACAACGGCAGAUUCUUCUUCUUUUCUUUGUUUUCCAGUAGACAAUUGUAAAUAAGCUAUAGUAGAAGCAGUACCAUGGACAAGUCUGUACUGGAUGGACUUUGUAUUAGACUGUCUGUUUUCGAUAGAUUCUUUAAAAACACAACUAUUAAUCAUCACUGUUUCGUGAGAUCAGAAUAGAAACCCACUUAACCGAGUAUUUUGACAGGAUCAAUUAAUACUAUACUGUGUGUGUUGUUUGCAAAACUGUUUGGACGAGAAGUGAAGGCGCACGUUGCUGGCGGCAGGAAACCCUUGGGUCAUAUUUGGAUGUAGACUGUGUUCCAUCGUCGUCAGGACGCUUGAGUCUCAUGGAAAUGGAUUA